AGCCCCUUAACCCGUCCUGCUGCUGCCACCGCUGCCUCCACCGAAACUCCUCGCGUUUUCCCUCCCAGUCUGACCGUCCAGACCUUGCUCGACCGCAGCCCUCCGAUAUAGCUGCGUACCCGGCAGGUUGGACCAUAGAAAGCUGCACACCCUGGUGCUCUCCAGACACAGAACAUCAUGGCUGCGAAUCUGUAUAGCUAUUGUGUCGGUCCUAUGCCUAUCGACGACUUCCUUCACGAGUUCGUACCACGAAAAUCCACCCCAGAGACCCCCGAAUACACCUACGGUGUCAACGAGGACUGCAAAGAAGCGGACCUGUAUUCCAUCUUGCUUGACGGCGCGAAGUCCUUGAUACGCAAGCACCACCUCCUGGACUCCAGCAACAACCCCGACCAACUCGCGAAAUCUGGCGAAAAGCUGAAGCCCGACGCGAUGGCCUGUGGCGUAGGCGACGGUACAUAUAUAGGGGUCACCUUGGAAGGCAUCCAUAACGGCGACAAAGUCGCUCAGUCUCGCAAAGACGCACUCGGCGCUGAGGAGAAGCGUGAGAAGGACAUCUUCUGCGACAUGGCAAACCCCGAAUCUCGCGUCACGACGAAUAACAGCGAGUCGAUAGAUCAGGUCCUGCGAUACGUUGAGGAGAUCCACACACGCCAACCUCGCUGCUUCUCAUUCUUCCUCUUCUUCACAAAGCACUACUUCCGCCUCAUCCGAGCCGAUCACGAUGGUCUCAUCGUGACAGAUUGCACACAAUGGACUGGAAAGUUGUACCCGAACCGCCUGAACGACUUCUUCUUCCGCCUCGAUCACCUCAGCCGCGAGGAGCAGGGCUUUGACACGUCUGUUCGGGAGUCGGAUGAUGCGCAAGAGGAGGCUGUCGCCAGAGAUGCUCUCAAGUCCUAUAUCCCCGACGAGACUCAGAUCGCCGAGCCCAUUCGCAAGAUGGGUGUGCCUGUCAAGCAUGGCGAACCGGCGAUGGGGUUCCGCUGGUACUACAUCUGGGCACCAACUGUUCAACAGCGCGGGCUACGCGCGCGCGCGACCCGCGGCUAUCCAGCCUGGGAUUCGGAAGAGAAGAAGAUCGUCUGGAUCAAGGACUCGUGGCGGUCGAGCAACAAGCUCAUACCAGAGUCGGUGGUCAUUGAUCAGCUGAACGAGGCGAAAGUAGAGUUCGCGCCCACGCUCUUCUGCGGCGGCGAUCUCCCUGGGCCGACCCAGCAGACUCGAACACACGAGUUCGUCAACGCGUCGUGGAACAGGGGGCAGCGUAAGCCGCACCAUCCGCGCAUACACCACCGCCUGGCGGAAACAUUUGGGCGACCUCUAUGGGAGUUCGAGUCGUCGAAGCAUCUGCUUCAGAUAAUGCACGAUGUGUUCACCUGUCAUCGCAUGGCCGUAUCCAGGUGCCGGAAGCUCCACCGAGACUUCAGCGCCUGGAACAUCCUCUACGAUCCUAAAUCAAAGAGGGGUAUCUUGACGGACUGGGAUCUAUGCGCACCGAUGCCUAGAGUAGAGGCAUGCGAGAAGGAUCCGAACAUCAACUCUCUGGCGCAGAUACCGAACAGCUCUGGCCAACCCGAACGCACGGGAACGUGGAUGUUCAUGUCCGUAAAAAUCCAGGACAUGCACCCUCACCUGCAUACUGUCCAGGACGACCUGGAGGCCCUGUUCUGGGUGGGCGUAUACAUGAUCACGUUGUAUAUGCCCAUCCCAAGAGCGAACGCUCUCGCUAUCGUGGACGACGUGUUUCUGGCUUACAGUUUCGACAAUAUUGCCUCGAGUUCCGUCUCCCCGGGACUGGCUUUCUGGAUCGACUCCUACAAGCAGCUGAUCGCCGACUGGCUUCGUUAUCUGACCGCGCUCAAGAAGUACAGACCGGACGCGCUCCUUGACCCACCGGCUCCUACAGAUCUGCGCGAUUACGACAAGCUUGAUGAGAUUUGGAGGCGAAUACUUGAGCAGAGCGAAGCGGACAAGCGGGCUGACCUUCAGGCCGAAUUGAAAUGGGCUGAGGCGGCGAUGCGACGGGCGGAGAUGGAGCGGGGCAACCCCAGCGCGUCUAUCGAGUUGGGCCUCCAUCAAAACUACGGCGGGGGUACCUCGCAUAGCAACACCAUCCUUGAGCGCUCGGCGGUGACGAGGGAAGACGAGAAAGACGUCGAGGAGGAGGAGGAGGAGGAGGAGGAGGAGGAGGAGGAGGAGGAAGGGGCGGAGGAAGGGGCGCACAAGGAGUUCACGGAGGAGCAUGACGAAGGGGAGAACGCGGAGGCGUCUGACUUACGGUCUCCCUCCCGUUUGGCACCGCUCCCUGCGGGCGAAGACGCGGGCAUGAGAUUGAACAGCUGGGAGGAGACGGUUGUGGCACACGAAACGAACGAGCAGGAAGCGGGGCGCGCGGCGAAGCGACAAAGGACUUCGUCGGCGGGAGCCUUCAGACGCACUUCUCUGUCCGACCCGGAAUCGUCUGGGCUGACGUCGCCGCGUAACCGCAAGAACUCGACGCUGCAGUAGGUGAUUGAGGCGUGAUGGAUUUGAUGCCAGUUGUUGGGUGGGGACAUUCGCAUAGUAUUUGUUGCACAGGCUGCGGAUUCACUUGUGUUCAAUACGCGUAUGUAUUUUCGAUGGGCAGGUCUUCAGGGAUGUUCUUGUAAUAUUGCAUACUCCUCUGUCCCUAUGAGCAACCACGUUAUCCGCAUGGUGCGCGUCUGCGUCAGAAUCGCGCGCUGCAGAUGCGCAUUAGAGGCCAG